AUGGAUUAUCGUUUACUCGUGAAAAUACUCAGCUUUUUGCUGCUCGCCCAGCUGUCAACGGGGCAGCUGCCGCAGUCGCCGUCGCAAGCGUCGACAACAGAUUACGGCGAGGAGCCGCCGGAGGGCUACUAUGCGUUCGUGGAGUCGCCGAAUGCAGUGCCACCACGCGUGCGUCCACCUCCGUAUACGUUCAUUAAUGCGGACUGCAAGGAUGUCGCCACGGGCAGGAAGUCGGCGGUGUCUGUACACAACAUUUGCGGCGAUUUGAAUAAGGGUCAAAUACCCAGGAAUCCGCUCGGCCAGAAUGUCCUGGGCGAGCCGUAUCCCUUCGAACUGAUACGCAAUCAGACCUUGAAGUUUCUGUCGAAGACGCUGCCCGUGCUGAAGGCGGACGACACGCUGCCCAAGGUAACGCAAAUCAUACGCGACGAGCCGGUCGAUCAGCUGGACAACAACAAUAUCGAUCGGCACUAUGCUGCACGCGUCACACGCAGCCUGCCGGAUGGCGUUGAGUCCAAUGAGUACAGCUACUUUGAUCCCGCUCUGGAUGAGGAGCAACAGCAGGAGAAGAAGCAGCAGCAGCAGCGACGCGCCGCCGAGGAGCGCAAGCCGCGCAAAUUCUGCGAUGGCGGUGGCGUAUUUUGCACGCUGUACCGCGCCAUUCAGGGCGACACCAGUCCCGCUGUGCCCGCUGCCCAGACAGCGGAGCGUCGCGAGGAGGUUGGACCCAUACGCUAUGAGGGACCGCCGACACCCUGCCCGGCCAAGGUGGAGUAUGCCACGCCCGUGUUUGCCAAGAACUAUCAGGGCGCCUGGCGCUAUGUGGUGCAGAUACCCUACGAGGGCUAUUUCACGCAGACCGUGGAGGUGACGCGCUGCAUCCAGGCGCGUUGCCAUUAUCUGGACGGCGGCUGUUUGUCGUCGCCGCGCUGGGUUAGCCUGUUGGUCGCGGAGAUUUUCUAUCCGAAUGCCGAGGACACGGUGCCCAGCAGCACGACCACGCCGGCGCCUUCGGUGCAGGACUUCCAGGCCUAUCAACAGUAUCUGCAGAAGCGCGCAGGCGUGGCAAACGCCUCCGAUGGCAGCACGGUUGCACAAACGGCAGGCGCACCAAAUGGACCGCAGGAUGCGCACUGCGACGGACACGAUGAGCUGGGCUGCUUCCAGGUGCGGCUCUACUACGAUUGGUUCUUGAUACCCGGCUCCUGCAAGUGCUGGCGUCCCGACUACUUUGCCAAAUACGUGCGCCGAAAGUCCGUCGCCGAUUUGUAG